AUGAGUACUUUGCAGCAGCAAUCGAUUUUACAAGGUCAACAAACAGGAAGGAGUCAAAAGAAAGAUUUAUUGCACGAAUUGUUCAGUAGCGCAGCAAAAUCUCAUCCGAAUCAAAUUGCAAUAUUUUACGAAGAUGAUACCGAACAGAAAUAUGAGAUGUCUUUUAAAGAAUUGGAUAACAUCACCAAUCAGUUGGCACGAGCUUUACAAAAGUAUGAAAAAUUUGAAACCACUUCUCAGUCUCUAAUAGCUAUCUGCAUGAAACCGUCGCAUCGCCUUCUAACUGUGUUACUUAGUAUACUGAAGGCAGGAAUGGCUUAUCUACCUUUAGAUGCGGAAUUUCCGAUGUCUAGAGUCAAAUACAUUCUUGAGGAAGCGCAACCAUUAUUAGUAUUGGUCGAGGAAGGAGUAGAUUUAUCAAUCUAUGAGGGAGAUUUGGUCGUGACGUAUGAACAACUUUUGAAAGAAGCCAGACAAGAACAAGAAUAUGCAUUACAAACCAAAGAGGAUUUGAAUCAACUUGCAAUCGUUCUUUAUACUUCCGGAAGUUCAGGAGUUCCCAAAGGAGUGCUUAUACCACACGCUACUAUAUUGAAUCGUCUACAAUGGCAAUGGAGGGAAUUUCCAUAUGCUAAUGAUGAAGAACAGUGUAUUUUCAAAACUUCCCUUACUUUCGGUGACAGUAUUGCCGAAAUUUGGGGACCUCUUCUACAAAACCGAACCCUAGUAAUUGUACCGAAAAGUAUGACUAAAAAUCCGGAAAAGUUCAUACCGCUUUUAGAAAAGCAUCAGAUACAACGUUUAGUCCUCGUGCCAUCGUUGCUGCGUUCGUUGCUCAUGUAUUUAGAUUUACAAAAUAAUGACAACGUUCUAGGGCACUUAAAACUUUGGAUCUGUUCCGGGGAAAUUUUGUCAGUAGUUCUGGUAGACCAAUUUUUUGCCACUUUUAACAGUGAAGAUAAGAUUUUAGCUAAUUUCUAUGGUAGCACGGAAGUCACGGCUGAUGUUACGUAUUAUCUAUUAAGCAAACGGACACAAUUACAAGGAAUGGAAAAAGUGCCAAUCGGAAAACCGAUUGAUAACUGCAUGAUUUAUCUGAUAAACAAGGAUAUGCGAGUGGUUCCCCAAGGGGACAUCGGAGAGUUGAUCGUGGCUGGAAGAAACGUUGCAGCAGGUUAUAUACGCGAACGAGACACACAUAAAUUUUUAGACAAUCCUUACACUAUCGAUCCAGAGUAUUCGAGAGUCUUUUGUACGGGUGAUUAUGCUAAAAUUGUCAAAGGGUCGAUAAUUUAUGAAGGACGAGUGGAUUCACAGAUCAAAAUUAAGGGUCACCGUGUCGAUCUCACGGAAGUUGAAAAAGCGAUCGUCAAAAUACCCGAUAUCGAUAACGUUGCGGUUCUUUGUUACAAACCCGGCGAAUUAUCACAAACAUUAGUAGCUUUCGUUACUAUUAUGGAUGGGACAAAUUUAUCUAGUUCGGAAAUCGAAAAUUUUCUUCAUAGGACUCUUCAAGGGAGGCAUUUUUCGAGUCAGUCUCGAGUAAGGAGCCAUAGAAGACACAUUAAGCCAUACGUUUUUGAAUCAUUAAGCGACUGCCAUAAGGAGGAUGCGAUCGAAAUAAUCGCAGAAAGUUUUCAUUCAAAAGGAGAUUUGAUACAGUGGCUUCCGGACCUAAUAAAAACCGAUAUACAAGAAUUAAUGGAGAUCGAAUGGAAUUUUUAUGUAGCGCAGAAUGUUAGUUUUGUGAUGAAGUCGACCCAGAAUGAUAAAAUGAUCGGAGCUGCUUUCAACUUUGAUCUUUGGAAUCAGCCUGUAGAGCAGGUAGUGAAGUCUAAAGCAUUAAUCACCGUUAUCGAUUUUCUCAAAUAUUUAGGGGAGCCGAUCAUAAAGUACAAAUUACCAAAGGAUAAAGGCCAUAUUCUUUACGCUAACUUUAUGGGGACAAACAGCGAUUUGAAUCCUGCGGAGAACGUAUUUGCAAUAAAGUAUAUGGAAGAAUACUGUUUGCAAUUCGCCAAACAAAAAGAGUACGCUGGAAUUUUCACUAUAAACACUAGUCCUCUCACACAGCAACUUAGUACAAUACUCGGUUAUGAACCACUGCAGGUGUAUCAGGUGAACAAAUACGAAACAACUGAUGGAAAUAAACCUUUUAGUAAAGCUCCUGACAGUCAAGUGGCAAUUUGUGAAUUGAAAAUGUUUAACUAA